AUGAUCGCCAAUUUGCCGCUUCUUUUUGCUAAUGGCAAUCCGACAUCCCUGGCGGCGAUCACGGUCGCUGAGCUGGAGAAGUUCAUAACAUUCAUGGUGACAUGUUCCUGGGGACAUGAUACAGCGAAAGACAUUCGGCGACCACCAUGGUGGCCGAAAGAAGUUGCAUUUUCGCACCCCUUUGUGAGACCCUACGAGGUGCCUAGGGACUGGUCUCUGAAAUUGAGGAAUUUAGUUAAAAAAUGCUACGAAUACCACAAGAGCGCCUUCCUUUUAGUUUUUUCUGCGCAACUCUCGCGGUACCCGCGCAACAGGCUCAGGUAUGUUGACAACAAAGACCACACCACUUCUCUGUACUAUAGACCCAGUGGCAGACUUCUGGUUACAUUCAGAAAUGAAAAUCUACAUUAUGACAGAACUUAUGCACCCAUUACCAUUGAUGAUGAUACAACAGAGAGACCUGCAGAAGUAUACUUAUGUGACAACUGCGAUGGCCACUUUGAUAGUCUAGACUUAUUACAAGCUCAUGAAAGGCUAUGCAACGCAGCAGAUGGAGGUUUUCCUGAGUUUCUUUCAGCCCUGAAACUUCAUCCAGCAGGUCAACCAUUUGAGAAUUCUGUGAAUCCUGGUUCCAGUUCUCGUUCUGAUACUGGAAAUGCCCCAGGAAGGUUUGCUACAAGAAACAUAAGAAAUACUGCCAAGCAACUUAGAAAUAGUGCAAGUGUAGACCGGGGUCCACUGUAUCCAUUUUCAUCACUGGCUUACAGACGGAAUGCUAAAACAAGUUGCCAGAGGGAUGGGAGGGAUUUGACCUUUUCAAGAGAAAGGAUAGAAAGAUUUUGUUGUACCACAACUCCAUUUAGUAAAAAUUAUAAUGUUAAGAUAAAAAAUCAACAGUUUCCUGUGAGAUACCGAAGACCGUUAAGCUAUUGGAAUAGAAAAUAUGUUUUUCCCAAUCAAAGAAAUAAAGGAAUACUCGAUAUUAAAGGCCAACUGCUCCUUUUGAAGUGUAAACCGAUGUCAGUAAAAUUAAUUAAAAUGUCAGACGAAUGCAUACAGGAAUAUCUCGACAACUUGAGAAAAGAAAGAGAGAGUAAGCAACAGACAAUGGAAGAUAAGGACAUUGUAUUUGUGGAUGGACUUGACUGUGAUCAGCCAACUGAUUCAGAAGUGAUGAUGGAUCCAUUGAAGCGAUUGGACAAUGUUUGUGAAGUGAUUGACUUGUGUUCAGAUGAUGAGACACCUAGUGUGAAUGAGAACUGUGAUCCACGUGCAGGGGUGACUUGUGUGAUGCGCGGUGGGGCUGUGCUGCGGCGUACCGCAGCGACUCCGCAGGCACUGCCCGCCGAGCCAUGUGGUGCUCGCCAGCGCCCUCUACCCGCCGCCGUACUGCAACCACACCCCGUUAUUCUCAUUGCGCAUACACACGCUCUGAACAAUUUACAGACUAUCUCCAUAGAUUGA